CAUUAAAGCUGUCUAAAUAAUUAUCUCCUUGAAAAUCAACUUUGUUUUACUAAAAAUACUUAUUAUCUUGAGUAAAAAUGACCGCUCGUUAUACUUUGCCGCAAAAAAUACUGCUUUUGUUAACCUAAUGUUCUCUUUAAUUAAUUUAUUACUUUUUAUUUCCAUAGACACUGUAAUAAGCAUCUCGAGAGAUACAUCAACUAAGUUUUUAAGUGAGAGAGCUACCGAGGGCGCUUGUGGCUGCCCUGAGGGGAUGAAAAAGAGUACGAGUUAUGUGGGCUGCACGGGCAAAUGUUUGUUCAUUUCCAGCUCGAAAUGACUCACUACUUUGUCGCAUGUUUGCGUGUGUUACCAAGAAACCAACCAACCCUCCUGCUUAUAAACGAGGGUCAGAAGGUUCAUAUACACGCUACUGGAUGACGCACACGUCCAAACUACAGCUGGUUAAAUUGCAACAUCAGGACGGAAAAAAAAAUAUAAUUCGUGAUCGCACUUAUGAUCCCCGAGGAAGCAGAACAGAACCUGGAGCAAGAUGGAUCGUAGUUGGAAAGUGCAGUCAACACACCAGAAGGCAAAUAAUGGACCCGGGGCAUAUACGCUACCAAAUAAAACCACUUGCCGGGCGUAUGUGCGUGUGAAGGCAUGGGCAUGUACAUGUGCAUGUGUAUUUGUAUGUAGGGAGAGAUGAUGAUGAUGAUUAUGGCGGUGGUGAUGAUGAUGAAGGAAAAGAAGGCAACAAGCCGAGGACGUAUUAAAGUUUCAGCAUCACCAGCAGCUUCUUGCCGAUUGUGAGUGCAAACUUAUGCUACUGCCGAUAAGGAAUCGCGGGCAAGUCUCAGCCACCCAUCUCGUCACCUCGAUUAUCCGUGAGUAGCAUAAUAAUUUAUUAUUACAAGUUCUCUGCACCGGCGAACGCCCGACUCACUGCAAGAUGAGUAACACGAGGAGCAGACUCGCUUAAAUUAUAUACUCUGUUGCAUAAUUACUAACUAGUAAUCAAAUUAAAAUAUUUACCCGCGUUUUUUUAAGAAAUUACAAUUAGGCCCUUUUGAUGAUUUAUGAUUUUUUUAUUUUGUUACUUCUCAUAAUUCGCGGGUGCUACAAUAAACAUGAAAAAUUACAUAAUUGAUCGCGGGUAAUUUUUAAAUAAUUGUGCUACUGAAGU